AUGCGUAUUCAAUGGUUGCUGCUCUUCCCUGCGGCAGAAGGCGAAUUACGACUGAAUGCUCAGCUUAUGCGGAACCUGACCAAGGCAUCCAAGGCUAAUGAGAGCCUUUGGAAGUAUUUUUUUCCGGAGAGUCCAACCUCCGACGUGAUGCGGAACUGGGUACCUUACACACCACAAUGCGCGAUCGACGAGCAGUGCUGGUGUUUUCACGUGGAGGGCUCAAUGUCCAAAGCUGUGAACCCCCGGGGUGCGGAGAGAGGAUUCAUCAACGGUGAGCCAGAGAACCUGACCGGCACUUUUCGAGCUAACCAAGACUGCGCCUGCCUGGCCCCGAGCACUUCGGGGUGCCUCUUCGGGGACAUGCGCCCGGCCAAGCUGCUGGCGGCGGUGGCCUUGUUGCGGUUCCUCAACGUCACGCAGGUGAUUGAAGAUGGCCGCUACGGGGGCCUCUCCGCUCUUGUCUAUGCGUUGCAUGGUUUCGAGGUGACUAGUGUGGAAAUGCUGCCUUUGGGCCACGUGAAGGAAACCCUCGGCGCAUUUGGGGUCCGGCUCCACGACGGCGACAGCCGGGAGGCUUUGCCCCAAAUCCUCAAGGAGAUGCAUCCAUGGCGCCGUGCAGCAGUUAUUUUCGAUGGCCUCAAGCGUUUUGAAGCCUAUGAAGUCUACAAGAAGAUUGCGCCGAGGGUCGCUGUCGCCAUCUUCGAUGACACCAACAUUCGGGAUGGCCUGGCCUUCCGCCGGAUGCUCGCCCAGCAUGGUCAUCAGAUGUGGAGCAGCGACGCGGCCUCCUUUGGUUGGGUGCUGAAAGCUGAGGAGCCUUACCUGGAGCAGCUCCUUUUGCCCCUAAGAGGCCGAAGGUUUCAGGGGGGCAUCCAGAAGCUGCAGGAUUUCCACUACACCAUUCUCGAAGGCGGUACUGGAGUCUGUGGCUCAGAACCUGGCAAGUGA